AUGUUGCAUCAGUUGAAGUAUGAACUUGAGCUUCUAAAGAGAUAUCUCUACAACAUCAGACCUGACAUCUAUUAUGUAGUUGGAAUGGUGAAUAGGUUUAUGAACAUACCAAAAUGGUUACAUUACCAAGUUGAUGUCAAGAUUCUGAGGUACAUUAAGGGGACUCUGAUGUAUAGAGUGUUAUUCCCUUCUGGUGUUAAGUCUGAAUCAGAACUGGUGUGUUAUUCAGAUUCUGACUGGUGUGGAGAUAGAGUUAACAGAAGAAGUACUUCUAGAUAUUUCUUCAACUAUUUGGGAGGUCCUAUUUCUUGGUGUUCCAAGGUUGUUGCUUUGUCAACCUGUGAAGUUGAGUACAUUGCAUGUGCUUUGUCUGCGUGUCAAGCUAUUUGA